AUGCAAUUUGGCAUCCUGCUUCUAUCGACAAAAGCACCUUUUGCAGGCUUACUAGCAUCAGAAGAUAUCAGCCGUAUCCGUACCGGCCUCAAUGAUGCCGGCCAGGUGUUUUUGCGGUUGGACAACAACAAUCCGAUCAUUUCACGCUGUCGCGAAUGCUUGGAAAGCUUUAUCGAGUUGUACGACUCUUUGAGCUCUCCUUCAGCCUCUAGAGGCACUCUGGGCCUGCAAGACUCGAACACCUCCAAACAGGUUUACUUGGAGAGUGGAGGCGGGUCUCAGGUGGAGGCGAGCCUAAUGCUCGGUGAUCCCGGAGAGGACUUCUCAUGGUGUGAUAUGGAUGUUUUUGCUGAGUCGCUGGCAGCAGGCUUCGCCAGCCAAGGUCUGGAAUUCUCGAAUGGGUUGUGA